GAUGUGAACUAUGCUCUAAAUAAUAAAGACGACAUGAACCUCGAGAAUGUUAGUAAGCAUUUCGGAAGACCACUCAAUGAUGCAGCAAAGAGCUUUGGAGUUAGCCGAUCCACAUUCAAGCGCAUAUGUAGAGGGCUCGGUAUCAAGAGGUGGCAAUCCGGGAAGAGAAGAAUGAAUGGUAACUUUUCAUCUAGGCUCGGAAAAGGAAUAAAUCAGGAGCAACCAGGUAGAAGAAAUUUUGGUAGCACCAGCAUGGCAGCUGUGAAUGAAACAGUUGUUGUGCAUUCUAGCCAAGACUUGAAUAAGAUGAUUGUAAAGGCAACUUAUAAGGAUGUUGCAAUAAGGUUUAAACUACCUGAUUUAUCAGGAAUUGCAGAGUUGGAAAAUAAUGUGAUUGAGAGGCUGCAUUUGAAGAGAAAUAAUUUCACCAUCAAGUAUCAAGACGAGGAGGGUGACUUGGUUUUGAUUGCCUGUGACAAGGAUGUGCGAGAAUGUAUUGAAAUCUCGAGAUCUUUGAAGGAAACGACAGUCAAAUUGUUGCUUGAUCUGCCUCUUAAUCACAAUGCACUUUGA